AUGGCUUCUAACAAGGAAUCGCUUGUGAUAGUGAUAGAUGUGCGCACUUGUGCCGCCGAAGAAGUCAAACUGAAAUCGGCAAAGGUUGUGGCCGAGGUUUUAAAGGACAAGAUCGUGUGCGACAAGAAGGACUAUGUGUCCUUCGUCCUGGUGGGCUGCGACACCAGCAUUCUAGAUGAUGAAGAUAAAGAAAAAGUAACCCACAAAAAUGUGCUUAAAUUUGGAGAUCCCAGACUUUGCAGUUGGCAGCUACUGCUGAAUUUCUUUGAAUUUGUAAAUAAAACUGCCUGCGAGGAGGGACAGUGGCUAGAUGGCCUUGAGGCGGCACUGCAGCUCCAAGAAACCGCACUUACUUUUAGGCCCGCCAGGCGAAGGAUUCUCCUGCUUUUCGAUUUCAAUGACUUUCCGCAGGACUUUGAUAAAUUCAACGAAAUCACGGAUAUAUUGCUGAAGGAGAACAUUGAUUUGAUUGUGGGCACCCACAACAUCGCGUACAAGGACAAUGCCGAGACCAAUGAGCCGCAGGCCAUCUUCAACUUCUCGCGAAAAUGCGGCUCCGAUGAGCUGGCGAACCAGAAGCACGUCCUCAGCCUCGUGCCGCGCUGCAAUGCGUCGUUGUGCAGCUUCAAGGAGGCCCUGCUCACCGUCUUCAGGGUGACCAAUCGACGACCCUGGGUGUGGAACGCCCGGCUGCACAUCGGCAGCAAGAUCAGCAUCAGUCUGCAGGGCAUGAUCGCCAUGAAGAACCAGACGCCCGUCAAGCUGGUGAAAGUCUGGGCGGAGGAGGACGAAACGGUGACGCGGGAGACGCGGCACUUCAUCAAGGGCAGCGAAGUGACGCCGCUGCCGGAGGAUCUGAUGACCGGUUACAUGCUGGGCGGCACUCCAGUGCCCUACGACGCCGACGUGCUGGAGCCAAAGGAUCCCUAUCCGCAGGGCCUGCAUUUCUUCGGCUUCAUCAAGCGGAAUGCCGUGCCGGAUGAGUACUAUUGCGGAGAGUCCUUGUAUCUUUUAGUGCACCAGAAGAACAACCAAAGCGCCGCCAUCAAAUUGGAUGCUCUAGUGCGUGCGCUAAUCGCCUCCGAUCGGGCCAUCAUCUGCUGGAAGAUCUUCAGCACCAAGUUUAAUAGGCCGCAAAUGGUGGUGCUGCUGCCGCGCCUAGCGGAUGAUACGCAACCGGCUACUUUGUACAUGCUGGAAGUCUCCUAUACCAGUCAGCAUCAUUUCUGGGACUUUCCCGCCCUGCGAACGGCCAAGACGCAGUGCAGCGAGGACCAGUUGCUGGCCAUAGACGAGCUGAUCGAUAAUACCGACCUGGAAUGCAGCCUGCGGGACACGCAGCAACCACGUCCAUGGGCCCAGAAUGAUUUGCUUCCCUUUGACAGUCUUCCCAGCAUCUUUGAGCAGAAUGUGAUGGACGUCCUGGAGCGAAAGGUUAUCAAAAGAGACAAUAAGGAUAAGAAUAUGACUGAGGAGGAGGAGAAAGAAAUGCUGAAGGACAAGAAUUUCGCGGAUGUCUUUUGGCGAGUCCCGGAACCUCUAGAGGAAAAAUCCAAGCGGGCGGCGGCCAACGUGAAGAAGCUAUUCCCUCUACGCUACAGUCGCGCCUGGCAGGAAAAGCUGCUGGCCAAGGAGCAGGCGGAAAAUGGAGUGCCCGUGAAAAAGGAACCAGCGGAGAAGGAGAUCCCAAUGCCAUCGGAUGGCGUGGGCUUGACCAAUCCUGGCUCAGACUUCACGCGUAUCCUAACAAGCAUUCGAUCCAUCGCAAAUGCCACCCAGCGGGAUGCCCGCUUUCAGGCUCUGGCUGCCGAUACGCGGGUGGUAAUCCUCACGCUUCUGGAGCGCAAAAAACUCAACAGCGAUCAGCUGGGCGAGAUCAUUUCCCUCUACCGGCAAAGCUGUAUGGACUUCAACACCUUUCAGGAGUACGACAAGUUCGCCGAGGAGCUGAAACAGAUCACGCUGGCCAAGAAACACAGAGAGUUUUGGCAGGAAGUCAUGGUGAAAAAGGAGUUGGGGCCUCUGGUCCUGGGCGAACUAACGCUGGACGACGAAAUUGCCCUGAAAGCCUACUAUACCAUUGAGGAUUGGCAGGAAAACGAGUCAAACGAUGCAGAGGACAUGGAGAGCUAAAAAUAUUGUACCAUACUUUACAUUCGAUGAGAAAUAAAAUUGUUAUUAAAUUAAAUUAAGAAGAAAC